CCCUAAUUGUUGUGACAAGUGCCAAGUGCCAAGUGCCAAGUGGCUCGACCGCAAGCCGUGGCCACAAACUCACAAUAUGCCUGUAACGUUAUUACGAGCCGAACUAUGCCGAACAUCGCGGGACUCUUCGGUGCGGCGUUCCACCGAGACGGUGAGGGUAUUAGAAGGAGCUGUUCAACUUUCGGUAGGUUUAGUUGAGAAGGAAUAGCGUCGACGGACGGAGGCCGAGAUUGUCGAGGGGCCGAUACACCUGACCGUCGUUUUCCCCAUUACCCGCUAUUCGCUAAGCGUCAAUCGACUAACGUAAACUUCUUGGUGCCUGACCGUGAUUUUCACUCUCGAAUUUCACUUCUAACCUAAAUCUACCUCCUCGAUUACCGCUAAACGUUCUGGAUAAAUUAUAAGUGUACAUACCUACGCCGAUCGAGUUCUUCGCACUUUUCCUCUAUGCAUAGUUCAACGAAAGUUCGUGUGAUGCGCACAUCCUAAACUGAAUACAGAUUUACUCCAAUUCAUUAUCCGCAUUCCGAACAAAAAUCAAUCAACUACGCUAACCUAUUUUCACCGAGUUACAUAGAGUAUUCAACAAUAAUAUACUUACGAUUAGUACGUUAUAAAAUACCCGAAGUAUUAACCAUUUUUUUUUUUUACUUACCUGGUGCAAGCACGCUAAGAACUGAAGUGAGUGAUCACAUUACGCAGCACAUGAAUUAUCUACAUCCUGGCCUGAGAAAUAGAAUCUUUUAAUUAAAUAAAUAAACUAGAAAUUGUUUUUAACAGACGUCUAAAAAAGUUUAAAAAAAUGUGGCCAAACAACGUGGGUAUCAAGGCGAUCGAAGUCUAUUUUCCGGCUCAGUAUGUGGACCAAAGUGAUUUGGAAGAAUUCGACAAAGUUUCUGCUGGAAAGUACACGGUAGGCUUGGGUCAAUCGAAGAUGGGAUUCUGCAAUGACAGGGAAGAUAUUAAUUCCCUGUGCCUGACGGUGGUUCGACGUCUAAUGGAGCGGCACAGCGUAAAGCCAGAAGACAUCGGAAGGUUAGAAGUGGGGACGGAGACGAUUAUCGACAAGAGCAAAUCUGUCAAGUCUGUACUCAUGCAAUUGUUUGAACCUUUCGGCUGCACGGACAUCGAGGGUGUAGAUUCGACGAAUGCCUGCUACGGAGGAACAGCUGCCUUGUUCAACGCAGUUGCCUGGGUAGAGAGCAGCUCCUAUGACGGCAGAAUGGCGCUUGUCGUUGCCGGUGACAACGCAGUCUAUGCAAGCGGUAGUGCCAGGCCAACCGGAGGAGCUGGAGCAGUGGCUAUGCUGGUCGGACCGGAUGCACCGAUAGUUUUUGACCGUGGACUCAGAGCCUCGUACAUGAGACAUGCCUAUGAUUUUUAUAAGCCAGACCUAAACUCUGAGUAUCCCGUGGUUGAUGGAAAGCUUUCGAUUCAGUGCUAUUUGGGAGCACUUGACAAUUGCUACCAAAAGUAUUGUCAGAAAGCCAAUGAGAAGAAUAUCAACAAGUCUAUAUCUUUGGCCAGUUUCGGAGCUGUACUAUUUCAUUCCCCGUACUGUAAACUUGUACAAAAGUCAUUCGCUCGGUUGGCGUUCAAUGAUUUUUUGAACGCUUCCAAGAACGGUAUCGCCAAUGACAAGUAUCAUGGUCUGGAGAAGUUUUCAUCAUUAAAAUUGGAAGAUACUUACUUUGAUAGGGAUGUAGAGAAAGCUUUUAUGACUUUGAGCAACAACGAUUUUGCUGGAAAGACUAAGCCAAGUUUGUUGAUUGCUAAUCUCGUCGGAAACAUGUACACCCCAUCCGUCUAUUCGGGUCUGGUUUCUUUCCUCAUUAGUAAGCCGAUAGACCAGCUGGCUGGUACUAAAGUCGCAGUUUUUUCUUAUGGAUCAGGCUUAGCUUCCAGUAUGUACUCGUUAACUAUUGCUAAAGACUCGUCAUCUAAGUCUGACUUAGAAAAGUUGGUGUCGCAUUUGAUGUAUGUAAAGCCUCAGUUAGAGUCAAGGCGGCGCGCAUCGCCGGAGGAAUUUACUGGAGUCUUAGAACUCAGGGAAAAAAAUUGCCACAAAGCACCAUAUCAGCCUCAGAGCAGCAUUGACACUAUGUUUGAAGGCACGUAUUAUUUAGAAAGUAUCGAUGACAAAUAUCGACGAACUUAUGGAAGAGUCACUAAGAGCAAAUAGUAUUAUAUUUACCCCUCAAAUGAGAAAUUUUAUUUAAAGAGAUUUAUUUAUCAAUUAUCAUUGUUGACUAGCUGAUUGCUUUGCGCUUGUUGUAAUAGUGGAUACAUUUAGAUGACAAUAUUUUUAAUCAUGGUAUGAUUUAAAACUGAAUACAUAAUCUUUUGUUGCUGACAAUUGAUUAUUAAUAAUAAAUAAUUGUUAGCCAAGUGAGAACAAAGUUCGGAGUGUCGCAUUUGUUCAAUUAGCGACAUUUCGGCUUUUCUACUUGUAGAUAAAUAUUUUUUACCUUCGAAUCAAAACGUACAAAUGUUGUUUCAUCAGUGCAGCUAUUCCUGUGACAUACGCGAAUUGCUAUAUUCUUGUUGAAUUUCAAUUGAUGUAGAAAAAUUAAUAUUGCACCUAACGAAUUAGGGCAUCAAGAAUUGUGAAUAGCAAAAAAAGUUUUAAUAAAAUUUUAUACGCUUGUACAGUAAUAUUGACAUGUUUUUUCUUUAUCGCCGUUUGUGAAUGUCUCAUCGACACCCAGGGGCCAGUAUAUUCAACAAAAAGUUUAGUCAUUGGUAUUCACAGACGACCUAAAGAAUAUUUUUUUUCAACAACAUUGAUGUGUAAAUGUCAGAUUACAGAUAAAAAUUGUUAUAAGAAACUUGAAGUUUCUCUUUAUUAUCACGGCGAAGGUCUUGUAGUAUUUUGUAAUGUAACAAUGGUGCCCGGUCAUUUGGUCAAUCUUUUGUUGGAGAACCAUACAAUAAUUUAUACGAACCGUUUACUGACUUGUAUGAACGAAUAUUCAUUUGAAACAUUAACCCGUAGCAUGUCGGGUAAACCUGAUAAAGUUGACCUUUGGUAAUUGUAUAAGAUUAUACAUUCAAUAACAUGAUCAAG